GCUGAAUCCUCGCUGGUCAUACGUCUUCCUGGGGCAUCGCUGGCAAGUCAAGAUGCUACUUUUAGAUUCCCAAGAAUAAUAUAAAGUUGCGAGUCCGAUAGGUUGUUGAACGCAUUGAAGUAUGAUUCAAGCAAAGAACGCACUCUUCAUCUUUGUCACUGCUGCUGCGUUACUCGCGGACGCCAGGACCGUUUUUUCGGCCGUUUCUGUCAACGGUGUCGAUCAAGGGCACGCUGUAGGCGUUCGGGUCCCUUCAUCUAAUGCCCCUAUCACUGACAUCGAAAGCGACGACUUGAUAUGCAACACGAACUUCAUACAACCAGUUUCUGACGCCAUUAUCAGUGUCGUGGCUGGAGACACAGUCACUGCACAAUUCCAUCACACGAGCGCAGGGUAUGUGGGACCCGACCCGUCCGAUCCACUUGAUCCUACAAACAAAGGACCAGUCUUAGCUUAUCUCGCGAGCAUCCCUGACGCAACGCAAUCUAACGUUACAGGUCUCGAAUGGUUCAAAAUAUGGGAAGAUGGUUACGAUUCUGUGACACACCAAUGGGGCUCGGACCAUCUAUUCCUUAACGGGGGAAACGCAUCGUUCGCAAUUCCAACCUGUUUGGCAUCCGGCAACUACCUGCUCAGAGCGGAAUCCAUUAAUCUCUCAUCUGCCACGUCUUACCCUGGUGCUCAAUUUUUCAUGAGCUGCGCACAACUUUCCAUCUCUGGCGCCACUGCGUUUAUUAGCCCUGCGACAGUUAGCUUCCCUGGCGCAUACACCAGCACAUCUCCGGGUAUUGUCACAUCCAUUUUUGGUGUCAGCAGUUAUACACCCCCAGGCCCGGAUGUCUUCGCUUGUUGAUCUCAAUGUACCUAUGGUAGCUCAAGCUUUGAAAAUUGCCUACGACCGAUUUGUACUUUGUACAAAAAACAUAGUUUCCA